CUGCCUGUGCCGCCGCCUGCAUCAGUCCAGUGUUUUCCCAAUAUAGAUUGUUGUCGCUGAAGCUCCGUCCACCAAAUAUGUCGGCUCCCGCUGGGCCCCGGGGCGGCCCUGUUCCGCCUCAGCCUCCUCCACCUCAGUCCGAGAUGCCCGACCUCAGCCACCUCACGGAGGAGGAGAGGAAAAUCAUCCAGGCCGUGAUGGACCGCCAGAAGAAGGAAGAAGAGAAGGAGCAGUCCGUACUCAAGAAAUUACACCAACAGUUUGAAAUGUAUAAAGAACAGGUGAAAAAGAUGGGAGAAGAAUCACAGCAACAGCAGGAGCAGAAGGGUGAUGCUCCAACCUGUGGUAUCUGCCACAAAACAAAAUUUGCUGAUGGCUGUGGCCAUAAUUGUUCAUAUUGCCAAACUAAAUUCUGCGCACGUUGUGGAGGAAGAGUGUCUUUACGCUCAAACAAGGAGGAUAAAGUGGUAAUGUGGGUAUGUAACUCGUGCCGAAAACAACAAGAAAUCCUCACAAAAUCCGGAGCCUGGUUUUAUAAUAGUGGAACAAAUACACCACAAAGGUCUGAACAAGACGUUUUUAGAGGACUACAGAACGAAGAAGCACCUCAAGAGAAAAAGGCAAAGCUGCAAGAACAAUCAAUAUCAUCACUGGAACGAGGUAGAUCACAAGGGCUCACAAGGCAGGACUCCAUAAACGGCUCAGGAGGAAAAGUGGCAGGUGACACAGUAGACAGAAAAAGGAGCCCAUCAAUAUCCAGAGAUCAGAACAGAAGGUUCAGCCAACUGGAGGACAGAGACAACUAUUCACAGUAUGCAACACCUGAUAGUGCAAUGCCAAGAUCACCUUCAGAUUAUACAGACAGACGAUCACAACGAGGAUCUCAGUUAUAUGAAGAACCUGAACUUGAUGAUUACAGAGAUUCCAACAGGAGAAGUCGUAGGCGUUCAAGGGAAUAUCCUUUAGAGGAAGAUGUUGGACAGAACAGAGAGGAAUAUGAGAGGCAAUGUCGGGAAGAAGAAUACCAAGCACGAUACCGAAGUGAUCCUAAUUUGGCACGUUACCCUGUCAAACCACAGCCAUAUGAAGAACAGAUGCGUAUUCAUGCUGAAGUGUCCCGAGCACGUCAUGAACGAAGGCACAGUGAUGUGUCUUUGGCCAAUACUGAACUGGAAGAUUCCCGGAUAUCUAUGAUGAGAAUGGAACGGCCAUCAAGGCAAAGGUCUGCAUCUGAACACAGAGCUGCCAUGGACCAACGUUCAUAUUCAAUGGAAAGAACUCAGGGACCAAGUCCCAAUCGUCAGAGGACCACAAAUCAUAGCCCUCCAACACCAAGGAGGAGUCCAAUUCCUUUUGAUAGGCCAGAUCUGAGGCGAACUGAUUCCCUAAGAAAACAGCACCAUUUGGAUCCUAGCUCAGCUGUACGGAAAACAAAACGAGAAAAAAUGGAAACUAUGUUAAGAAAUGAUUCACUAAGUUCGGACCAGUCUGAAUCAGUUAGGCCUCCACCACCAAAGCCUCAUAAAACAAAGAAAGGGGGUAAAAUGCGUCAGGUUUCUUUGAGCAGUUCUGAAGAAGAGUUGGCCUCUACUCCAGAAUAUACUAGCUGUGAUGAUGUAGAAAUUGAAAGUGAAAGUGUUAGUGAAAAAGGGGACAGUCAAAGGGGAAAAAGAAAAACUAGUGAGCAGGCAGUUUUGUCGGACUCUAACACCUUGUCUGAAAGACAAAAGAAAAUGGUGUGUUUUGGUGGCCACUCUUUCGAAGAGGAUUUGGAAUGGUCUGAGCCUCAGAUUAAAGACUCUGGGGUAGACACGUGUAGUAGCACAACUCUAAAUGAGGAGCAUAGCCAGAGUGAAAAGCAUCCUGUAACCUGGCAGCCAUCCAAAGAUGGGGAUCGUUUAAUUGGUCGGAUUUUGUUAAACAAGAGACUAAAAGAUGGAAGUGUUCCUAGAGAUUCUGGAGCAAUGCUUGGACUGAAGGUUGUUGGAGGAAAAAUGACUGAAUCGGGUCGGCUGUGUGCAUUUAUCACCAAAGUAAAAAAAGGAAGUUUAGCUGAUACAGUGGGACACCUUAGGCCAGGUGAUGAAGUGUUAGAAUGGAAUGGAAGACUUUUGCAAGGAGCUACCUUUGAAGAAGUAUACAAUAUCAUCCUAGAAUCCAAACCAGAGCCACAGGUGGAACUUGUAGUUUCAAGACCAAUUGGGGAUAUUCCCAGAAUACCUGACAGUACACAUACACAGUUGGAGUCCAGUUCUAGCUCAUUUGAAUCUCAGAAAAUGGACCGGCCUUCUAUUUCAGUCACUUCUCCCAUGAGCCCUGGAAUGUUGAGGGAUGUUCCACAGUUCUUAUCUGGACAACUUUCAAGCCAAAGCCUUAGUAGAAGAACAACGCCUUUUGUUCCUAGGGUUCAGAUAAAACUGUGGUAUGACAAAGUUGGUCAUCAGUUGAUAGUCACAAUAUUGGGAGCAAAGGAUCUUCCUUCAAGGGAAGAUGGGAGGCCAAGAAACCCCUAUGUUAAAAUUUACUUUCUUCCUGACAGAAGUGACAAGAACAAAAGAAGAACAAAAACAGUAAAGAAAACAUUAGAACCCAAAUGGAACCAGACAUUCAUUUAUUCUCCUGUUCAUCGGAGAGAAUUUAGAGAACGAAUGUUAGAAAUCACGCUUUGGGACCAAGCACGAGUUCGUGAGGAAGAAAGUGAAUUUUUAGGAGAGAUUCUAAUUGAACUAGAGACAGCACUGUUGGAUGAUGAACCUCACUGGUACAAACUUCAGACACAUGAUGUCUCCUCAUUGCCACUUCCCCACCCUUCGCCAUAUUUGCCACGCCGACAACUUCAUGGGGAGAGUCCUACACGAAGGUUACAAAAUAAAGGCUUAUAUUCAUAUAAUUCAGGAUCCAAACGUAUAAGUGAUAGUGAAGUCUCAGACUAUGACUGUGAUGAUGGAAUAGGUGUAAUAUCAGAUUACCGACAUAAUGGAAGAGAUCUUCAAAGCUCAACACUAUCAGUGCCAGAACAAGUGAUGUCAUCCAAUCACUGCUCUCGGUCGGGGUCCCCUCACCGCGGAGACAGUAUAGGAAGGACCAGGUCAUGGUCUCCCAGUGUCCCACCUCUACAAAGUAGGAAUGUGGAACAGGGGUCUCGAGGGACCCGAUCUACUCCUGCACAUUACAAUUCAAUGAACCGAAUGGAUAGACACCGAAUCAUGGAUGACCACAACUCCCCAGACAGAGAGAGUCAUUAUGUCACUCUGCCUUGGUCCCAACAUACUCAGUCCACUGACUAUCAUCAUAGAGAUCCCAGCAAGGAGCACUCAAUGUAUCCUAUCUUUUCUGAAGAUGCAGUCAGAUUACUUCGAUCCCGUACGAUGUGCCGUACCUAUUCUGAGGGUGCUUACUAUGAAUUUGAGAGGAGGAGUAGGAAGGAGGGAAGAGUGCCUAACACAUAUUUUGAUGACAAUGACAUUUCCCCUCCUCAUGAAAGGUAUUACAAUGGUGCAAGUUCAUGGGCAGAUCAUGUAGUCAAUGGUUCAGCUGAAAACUACGGCAAAGUUCCAAUAGCUAGUAGAAGAAUAGCAUGUCCGAGGAUUGAAAUCCAACAGCCUUCCACAGAUACCGACAGAAGUGAAACAAUGGAUGUGUUGGGAGACCAAGCUUCCUAUUCAGAAAGUGAACAUGUAGAUCCAGAAGAAAACAUGAGGAAUUGGGAACCUAGACUACCAUAUCAAAGAUCCAGAUCAACAGAACAGCGUCCUGUGCUAGAGCGGCCCAGCCCCCGCUCCCGAUCCACUGAGCGUCCUGACUCAAACCUCAUGAGAUCGAUGCCUUCAUUAAUGACUGGAAGAUCUGCCCCUCCCUCACCUGCCUUAUCGAGGUCACAUGCUCGUAUGGGGUCUGUCCAAACAAGCCCAUCAGGUACUCCAGUAGCAGGACGCAGGGGUAGACAAUUGCCACAACUCCCACCAAAGGGGACAUUGGAGAGAAACAAUGGAGACAAGGAGAUAAAACCUUAUGAAGAAGUGGAAUCAUCAUGGAGAAGAAACCCAGUGCCAGAGAAUGGGGAUGAAGGUACUAUGGAUGUCGAAGAGAGAAAUCGCCAAAUGAAAAUGAACAAGUACAAACAGGUAGCAGGAUCAGACUCCAGACUGGAGCAAGAUUAUCAUUCUAAGUACCGGUCAGGGCGGGAUCCUCAACGAGGCUCUGACAAUGUUUCCAACAAAUCUUCAGAUAGUGAUGUAAGUGAUGUGUCAGCAGUAUCGAGGACCAGUAGUGCUUCACGUUUCAGCAGCACUAGCUAUAUGUCUGUGCAAUCAGAACGGCCAAGAGGGAACAAGAAAAUUAGAAGAUCAAAUGAGGAAAGAAAAGAGGGAGGGGAGGAAGGGGAUGGGGAGAUAUUUCUGGAGGAGGAGGAGAAUCAGGAGUUUGAGGAAAAACUGAAAGAUGAACAAACUGAUGUAAAGGGAGAUGAGGAAGAGAUGACAGAGAACUGCGAUAAGGAAGAAAACAAAGAACCAGAAGCAAAUGAAGAGGCCCAAGAUGAACAAAAUGAGAAAGGGUCAGAAACAAAUACUAAAGAGGAUUUGCAAAGGAGAUACUCACAAGAUGAUCUCAGUGUCUUUACAUCCAAAAUGCAAAGCAGACAGAUGGGCGCUUCAGGACAGAACAUAACCAAGAGCACCAGCAUCAGUGGGGAGAUGUACACACUGGAGAAGAACGACGGUAGCCAGUCCGACACAGCAGUGGGCACUGUCGGUGCAGGAGGAAAAAAGCGACGCUCCAGCAUUGGCGCAAAGAUGGUGGCAAUCGUGGGUCUUUCACGGAAAAGCAGAAGUACCUCACAGCUCAGCCAAACUGAGGCAGGUGGCAAAAAAUUAAAGAGCACAGUCCAGAGAAGCACAGAAACAGGGUUGGCAGUGGAGAUGAGAAACUGGAUGACGCGUCAAGCCAGCCGGGAAUCCACAGAUGGCAGUAUGAACAGUUACAGCUCCGAGGGGAAUUUGAUCUUUCCUGGUGUGCGGUUGGCUGCAGACAGCCAGUUCAGUGAUUUUCUGGAUGGACUUGGUCCUGCACAGCUUGUUGGGCGCCAAACCCUGGCUACUCCAGCAAUGGGUGAUAUUCAGGUUGGAAUGAUGGACAAAAAGGGACAGUUAGAGGUGGAAAUAAUACGAGCUCGAGGCCUUGUUGUAAAACCAGGUUCAAAGACACUGCCAGCACCAUAUGUAAAGGUGUACCUAUUAGAAAAUGGAGUCUGCAUAGCCAAAAAGAAAACAAAGGUGGCAAGAAAAACGCUGGAACCUCUUUAUCAGCAGCUGUUAUCAUUUGAAGAGAGUCCCCAAGGAAAAGUUUUACAGAUUAUUGUAUGGGGAGACUAUGGACGCAUGGAUCACAAAUCCUUUAUGGGAGUAGCACAGAUACUUUUAGAUGAACUGGACCUGUCCAAUAUGGUGAUUGGCUGGUUCAAACUUUUCCCCCCAUCCUCCCUAGUAGAUCCAACUUUGGCCCCCCUUACAAGAAGGGCUUCCCAGUCAUCUCUUGAAAGUUCAACGGGACCUUCUUAUGCUCGCUCAUAGCAGCUGUGAAACUGUUGUCAUGGCAACCAGCGUUACAAAAAAAAAAAUUAACAGGUCGCAAACCCUGGUAACACUGCAUGCUUAAUGUUGUGUCUUCAGAGCCUGUUUCUAGGGCUAUAAAGCGAUCCUGUGUUCUCAGAGGAAGUUGCACACAUUGUGCUCUAAAGGAAGUCCUCAGGUGAAGGAGUGAAGCUGGAAAGAACUGAAAGCUUUGGAGUUCAGUGACACUCGACUUUUAGUCCAAUCUGAAGCCAUGGAUUAAACUAAAGAAUCAAGCUGUCUCAUGCAACAAGAGUCCCUUUCAAUGGCACAUCUAUUUUCUUUUUCCCUUUUCUUUAUCUGCCCCUUCCUGCCCGCCCCCAGCCUCCCCAAACCUGGUUAUGCCACAGAAAUAUGGAGCUACCCAAAGAAGCCAUGCCACAAGUCAUCUGGGAGGAAGGAAGAAAAGAGGGUCAUUAAAGGAAAGCCAACUAUCACUGCACUUAUUAGCAGCAGAGGAGACAUGCCUAAUCAGAAAGGUUGAAGACUUACAGUGUCAGGCUUCGUAACUCCAGCUACUGCUAGAGUCAAACCCAUUGUGUGGACUCUGAAAAAUAAAAUGCUGUGGCUAUACUGUACUGUAUGAAAUUAAAGACACUUUUUGCAUGGACACAGAUUAUGCUGAACACUUAAAAUUAUUUUCUUGGGGCUGCAACUUGCAAAAAAAGAAUAAAUCAGCCAUUUUCAACAGUUUAUAUUAUUUUUAAAAAUAAAUUUCACUAGUGCAUGGUUUUAAAAGGGAAAGAAUGCAACAGGGUGAUAAGACACACCAAGUUUAUCAUUCUUUAAAUCAAUCAUGGUCUGUGUUUUUGCAGACAGAAAUGAAAAAAAUAAUUUCUAGCAAAUAUUAAAAUUAUGUUUAUGUGACAAGAAAUAAAUGUAAUAUAUUAAAUUUAUUUAAAUGUAAAAGGUACAAGCCUUGUAAAGUUCAACAAUAUGUGCAAAUUGUACACUUCUUUUCCCUUCUUGUCUACUCCUCCCUCCUUUUGCUCUUUCAUUCCCUUCCUACCUCCCAGGAUGAUCAUUAUACACAGAAAUGGCUAAUUUUUGAGUUAAUACUCUCAUGUUCCAUAUUUGGUUCAGAGUUGCAGAUGAUAACUGCAUUUCUGAAAACUCUGAGGAAAAAAAUAUUGUUUCAGAACUUUUUUCAAGCAUGUUGAAAAGAAUUUUGCAACAUGGCUUGGGGAGUACAUUACAGUAAUUCAGCAUGUAUUUGAUAAAAGAAAUCGAACUUUUUGCAGUUUAUUGUACAGUGCAUGGAAACUUAUUUUUUCUCACCUUCAAAUUAAAUUCUAUAGCAAAAUACUGGAAUCAUGUGGCCAUUUGUAAAAUGUCUUCAAUAAAUUUGUUUUCAGCACCAGCACCAUUCAUUCAAAGAUUGAGCUAUCAUUUCUCAAUGGUCUUGAAGAAAUAACAAGACAACAGUCUUACUAAAUAUCAGCAUCUUAUCAUUUGCAUUGAGCGAAACAAAUUGCUACCCAUUCAGGGUCAUAAUAAAUAGCCAUUAAGCUGUUUUGUUUGGUUUUCAUGAACUAUGUUUGUGAUAGCAAAUCAGUAAAUAUGAGCCUGACAUUAAAAAGUCACAAUUUGGGCUGCAGUCCUGCACCUAUUUAAUCUUUAAAUUAGUGGUACUUAAAUGCCCUAAGAGAUGGCAGGAUUGCACCUUUUGAUUUUUAAACGCCUUAAAUAAAGUACAUGCAAUUUACUAACUUUUGACACCAUCACCAAGAGCCUAAAUGUAAUGCCACAGGUAUUUGAAGAAACAACCAAACACCUGUCUCCUGUAUCAGGUAGUUUAGUAACGUGGAAAAGUGAGGUAUUGUAAGUCCAGAUCUGAUGAAAGGGAAUGUAACUUGCUAAUGUUCAAGUGCAUCAUCCUUUUUUUCCUGUGUCUUUAGAUGCCUUUAACACAUACCUAUUGCUUAAUGUGGAAGCAUUGCAAUAACAGUUUAAUAUACACCAUGUUUAAAGUUAGGCCAUGCACACAAAUAUUCUGAUUUUGUGUGAAAGGUUUGCAAUAUUAUCCCCCAAUUUAAAUGAAUCAUGGAAUGGUGAAAAGAACAAUAGGUAUGCCUUUUGUUUGAUAUGGUGCAGUUAGACACCACUCAGAACUAUGAGCACAGCCCAUUAUGUUUGCCUGUGUACCAUGCAUGAGUAGACCUGAAAUGAAUAUGGAUUCUGAAGCGAAAUGGCCUGGUGAAUUACACCCAUCCAAUGAUCUAGAACUUCACACUCGUGGCGCUACUCCCUGUGUUGUAAUAAAUGGGAAGCUGCUGCUGAUGGGAAUUCUAUUUGUGUACCAGAGCCUUUAUACUAAUAAGGACUUACUGAGACUGGAAGGACGGAUUUUCAUACAAAGUUACACAUCAAUUAAAUAAAAGAAGACUGGUAAACUGUGUGGAAUGAAAUAAUUUGAUCCUUGUGUAUGAGCAAUUGAUGAAUAUUGAAAAAAUGCAUUAUCCCCAGGAGUAAAAUAAUUUCAUAUGAUUGUUCCGGAUACUGUGAUGUGCAGUCAAUGCAUUCUGUUAUGCAUUCUCCUAUAUACGAUUAUUUUUAAUUCAGACAAGAAGGACAUGACCACAUGGAAGAUCUGUAUAUACCUGGUCAUUAUGCAGUAUUUAUUUUCAAAUUUGAUUGUAUUUUUUUUUAAUACUCACAUGUCUGCGACUCUACUUAUAAUUUAGUCAUGUAAAUAACACUCUUCCAGUGACCACAGCCAUCUUGU